GUCUAAUUUUCUGUGGUGUGAUAACGUAGUGCAGCCAUUUGUCUUCUUAUAAAAGAACAGUUUUUCAUCUAAUAAUUUGUAGUGUAGUUCCCUGGACAUAAACAAUUAUCUAACUUUUAUUGUAAACUAGUUAAACACUCAGAAAAUCACGUGAAAAUGAAUCCCGAAUAUGAUUACUUGUUCAAACUUCUCCUUAUUGGCGAUUCAGGAGUAGGAAAAUCUUGUCUGUUGCUUCGAUUUGCGGAUGAUACUUACACAGAAAGUUACAUUAGUACCAUUGGUGUUGACUUCAAAAUUAGAACAAUUGAUUUAGAUGGCAAGACGAUAAAACUCCAAAUUUGGGACACUGCUGGCCAGGAAAGAUUCAGGACAAUUACUUCCAGUUAUUACAGAGGUGCACACGGCAUCAUAGUUGUCUAUGAUUGCACAGAUCAGGAUUCCUUCAGUAACGUUAAGCAGUGGUUGGAGGAAAUUGACCGCUAUGCAUGUGAUAAUGUCAAUAAAUUGCUGGUAGGAAACAAGAGUGAUCUGACAACUAAGAAAGUUGUUGAUUACACCACGGCAAAGGAAUAUGCUGAUCAAUUGGGAAUCCCCUUUUUGGAGACUUCAGCAAAGAACGCAACCAAUGUUGAACAGGCCUUCAUGACUAUGGCUGCGGAAAUCAAGAAUCGAGUAGGACCCCCAUGUUCACCAUCUGACCAAGCUAGUAAAUUGAAAAUCGAUCAGAGUCGCCCAGUAGAAUCAACAAAAUCAGGAUGCUGCUGAAAGACUAAUGGGUGGGUGACUAUUUUAAUCUUCUGAAGUUUUCGUAUGAUGGCACGAAGCUACUAGUUAUAGUACUACCCCAUCUGUAUAAAUAGUUUUUUAUUUCGUGUAUUCCAUAUUUUAGAUUUUUCUAUCAUUGAAAAAAUUCAAAUCAAAAAGAAGGGUCUAAUCAGUACAUAUGUGGUCGGAAAAUAUUAUUUCCUCUAAAAUUGCACAGGUAGAAACCCAGUUUAUUUAUUUCCUCCUAAAUAUCAAAUUUGUAGAUAUAAAUAUGAUACAUAAUAUUACAUAGGAUAAUGAGAUUUUUAAAAUGUGUAGUUUGUUUUAAUAGGUGUGAAAAUUUGUUAUCCAAGUGCAGUAUAAAGUAAGGAUUCUUUUGUUAAUACAUUUAAUAUAAAUAUAAUUCCAUCCUCCUUUCAUUUUAUUUUUUUUUAUUUUUUCCGAGCUUUUAUUUACACAUAGAAAGUAUGUAGUACCUUGUAUUUAAAUUUUGCAUCAAUUUAUUUUGUGGUAUCACUUGAAUAUCUGGAGAGCCUGUUAUUAUAACAUUAAUUGUGAGCUGUCUGGGUAUUUUCUUUUGUACUGAUAGCAAAUAUACAAUCACAAAACUGCA